CUUGGGCUGUAACAAGCCCGGCCCACAGCGCGCCCACUACUCUCUCUCUCCCACCCACUGUGAGAACCACACCGGACACACCUCCUCCCAGCGACCAAAUCCGCCGCCGCGCCGCCGCCGCCGCCGCCGGAAGGAAGGAAGAGAGCCCCGCGGCGCGCGAUGAACACCGACAUCACCGCGUCGGUGAAGCCGGAGUACCCGGUGGUGGACCGGAACCCUCCCUUCACCAAAGUCGUCGGCAACUUCUCCAUGCUCGACUACCUCCGUCUCUCCACCAUCUCCGCCGUAUCCGUCACCGUCGGCUACCUCUCCGGGAUCAAGCCGGGGAUCCGCGGGCCGUCGAUGGUGACGGGGGGCCUCAUCGGCGUCUUGGGCGGGUUCAUGUACGCCUACCAGAACUCCGCCGGACGCCUCAUGGGGUUCUUCCCCAACGAGUCCGAGGUCGCGCGCUACAAGUACAAGCUGUAGUAGCAGGAGGCGCCAUUUCUCCUCGCUUCGCUACCGCAAAAGUGUUACAGUACAUCUUUUUUUCUUUCUAUAUCUAAUCUCGUGUGAGCUGCACUUGGUGUGGGCAAUGCGUGAUCUUGGUUGAAUAAUUGUUGUACCUUGCUGCAAACUAGUCAGGAAUUCAUGCUAUGAUUUUACUCGUCUUGUUAUGACUGGAUCAUAAUUUGGUCGCCAUUUCGGUAAACUCCUUGAAUUGAGGAA